UGGAGGGAGAAAGCUGGAUGUAUUAGCGAGUUUGUAACUUUUGGAGGGGGGGACUUUACUUUCGUUUUCUCGUCCGCAAAUCAAAGUAAGUCAAUGCGGUGAUAUCCGGUGUGUUUUUUAUGUGCGGGGAAAAAAACGUCGUAAAUCUCCCGAAGAGUCAAACAUUCAACUGACCGCGGACGGUUAGCACAGCCCGACUGAAGUUAGCCUGUCUCUGCUAACAGCGAGAGAGGACAAAAAAAGGGAAAAAAACAAGCUAGUGGAAAAAGAAGUGAGAGCUACAAGUGGCGCUGCGGCGUAAAGUAACUCGUAAUGUUGCCUCCCGGGAUUAACUUCAGAUACGGAUGAGAAAGAAAAUUGGCGGCUGGGGAGAACACCGACAACAACUGCGAGCCAGGCGACCGCUGCUAUGUCGGGGUUGAUUCACGGCUCCGGCAGCCCGUCUGUGUCCCGGGGUUGGCCGCCGCACUCGGUGCUGUGGAGGGUCGGGGGCUUCUUCUUCCUCCUGCUGCUGGAAGGGACCGGCUGCCUCGCCAACCCGAGCGGCGUUUCGGGCGUCAACAACAACCACAGCGUCAACAUAUACAUGAGUGUGGAGGAAGUGAAGAAGCUACUGGGCCUGGAUGCAGAGCUCUACUACGUGCGAGACGACGUGGUGAAUCAUUACGCGCUCACCUUCACUCUGCCUGUGCCCAGCGAGACCAACAGCCUUCACUUCACGUGGCAUUCAAAGACCAAGGUGGAUUACCGGCUCGGCUUCCUCGUGGAGAACCCUUUGGCCAUGAACCAACCACGGAGCAACAUCUCCUUUCAGGGGGAGGUGCCCCAUGUUCCCUCGGUUUUUAGAGUGGACCUCUUCUGUUCGGGCAAGAUAGAUGGAGAGGCUGUUGUGACGGUGCAGCUCAAUCUGACCAUCCAUGCCAACAACUACACAGUGCUCAACUUCAAGAGGAGGAAAAUGUGUUAUAAAAAUUCUGACCAAAAGAUUUCCAUUCCCCUCGACAAUCAAACUCAUCAACAGCCUGACUUAAUUGGUGUGCCAACCCCCACCACCUCCACUCAGGUGUUUUACAUAAGCGUGAGCGUCUGCUGCAUUAUCAUCUUCCUCGUGGCCAUUAUCCUGGCCAUCCUGCACCUGCACAGCAUGAAGAGAGUGGAGAUGGAGGACAGUGUGAGUGACAGUGGAAGCUCACAGGGUCUGUCUCAGCCGUCCACCCAGACCACACAGUACCUGAGGGCUGACACUCCAAACAACGCAGCUCCUGUCACCAACAAUCACCCUGGUUCUGCACCCAUACUCCAGCUUGCUGCCUCCUCCUUCCAAAAUGCUGGUGCUCCCCCUCAUGAAACCAAAAGCUACCCAUCUCUCCGCAUUGAGAAGAAUGACCUGAGGAGUGUUACACUAAUGGAGGCAAAAGCCAAAGUGAAAGACAUUGCCAUUUCGAGGGAGAGGGUCACAUUGCGAGAUGUCUUGCAUGAAGGCACAUUUGGUCGCAUCUUUCAUGGCGUGCUGCUGGACGAGAAGGACCCCAGUAAGGAAAAGCAGGUCUUUGUGAAGACAGUAAAAGAUCAUGCGUCUGAGGUGCAGGUGACCAUGAUGCUGACUGAAAGUUGCAAGCUUCGUGGGCUUCAUCAUAGAAACUUGCUGCCUAUCAGUCACGUAUGCACAGAGGAUGGAGAGAAGCCUAUGGUGCUGUUGCCUUUCAUGGCUUGGGGCAACCUCAAGCUGUUCCUGCGGCAGUGCAAGCUAGCCGAAGCUAACAACCCACAGGCGAUCUCUCAACAAGACUUGGUCUACAUGGCUAUCCAGAUUGCAUGCGGGAUGAGCUACCUGGCUCGCAGGGAGGUCAUACACAAAGACCUCGCCGCCAGGAACUGCGUCAUUGACGACAACAUGCAGGUAAAGAUCACAGACAACGCUCUUGCCCGAGACCUGUUUCCCAUGGAUUACCACUGUCUGGGGGAUAAUGAGAACCGGCCCGUCCGCUGGAUGGCUCUGGAAAGCUUGCUCAACAACGACUUUUCUAGUGCCAGCGAUGUGUGGGCUUUCGGAGUGACGCUGUGGGAACUGAUGACUCUGGGUCAGACGCCGUACGUCGACAUCGACCCGUUUGAGAUGUCUGCCUACCUGAAGGACGGCUACAGAAUAGCACAGCCAAUCAACUGUCCAGAUGAACUGUUUGCAGUAAUGGCCUGCUGCUGGGCCCUGGACCCAGAGGAGAGGCCCAAGUUUCAGCAGCUUGUUCAGUGUCUCACAGAGUUCCACGCAGCUUUGGGGGCUUAUGUGUGAAAACAACAGCUUUUAUUUUUAAUUUUUUUUUUUUUUUUCCUUCAAGAACAGCAACACUAGAAGCAGACGGACACUACUCAUAAGGAAUACAUGUAUGGAACUGUGCCUUAUCAGACGACAGAGCAGACUUGAGCACCACGAUUGAAUUUUGUACAGUUGUUUGGAGUUUUUAUAUAGUUGAAUUACCUUUUUACAGCAUAGCAAAGUAAAAAUGGUUUUGUUGUCAAAGUUGUAUAUGGACUUUUUUGUUAAAUAUUGUUUCAUAUGCUUUGAAAGCGUAUAGAAAUGGCAAUUAACGGUGCUCUCUUUUUGCCAAGAGGACCGAAAUGAUGGGAAUAUGUAUAACACAUGAACAUUUACAGACAUUUAUGUGCCAUUGAACAAUUGACAACCUGGUUUUAAACACAGUAUUUUCUGCAGUUUUGUAACUUUAGUGAAGCGGUGUAAAGUGUAGUUUGGAUGAACAUGAUUUAGGUACCAAAGUAGACUUUAAGGGCUUCAUUUUGUAUAUGUAACCAUAUUCUCAAACACGCAGCUUCACCCUGCACCAAAAAGCUCCACCUUGGUACGAGGAGAAAGCAGAUUUGCGUUCGUCGAGCGGCAAACGACCAGCUUUCUUCACACGGUACAGUUUGAUUCGGAUAAGAUUAAUUGUUCUUUUCCUCUGAUUGACGUGCCAACGCUCAGUGGGUUAACACAUCCCGUGGUGAGAUCAACACCUGCAGAGCUACAGGAAAUAUAUGAACUUCAUUUUUUUUUUUUUUUUU